GAGAAUAAGAAAGAACAUAGAAGCAAAUUAAAAAGAGGAAGGGGUCCACUAACUCUGUUGAGAGUUGCAACUGCCGUGUUAAGGAUCUACAUGUGACUCAAGUAUCUCUGCAUCUGCUGCUAUUUAUACACACUUAGCCUUGCGCCACUCUGCUUCACACUAUUUCCCCCUCUCUCUCUCUCUCUCUCUCUCUCUCUCAAGUUCUGUCUUUAAACAAAGAAGAAAAAAAAAAUAGGAGUAGAGGAAUUGGAGAAUUGAAAGCAAUGAAGGAAAAGAUUGUUGGGUUUAUCACUCUUCUGCUCUUAGCUUUUCUUCUUUGCACCUUCUCUACGUCUGCACGUCUGCAGCCACGGAAGCAAGGUGCAAACGGGAUGAUUCAAGCUGGUGUGUUGACAGAUGCAACAGAAGAUUUCUCAAAUUUGAUGGGAUCAGAAGAGUGCUAUGAGAAAGAUGAAGAAUGUCUGAAAAGAAGGAUGAUUGCAGAUGCUCAUCUGGAUUACAUAUACACUCAACAUCAUAAGCCUUAGAAUAAUGAUCCAUACAAUGGAAUAAUAUAGUAUAUGCAGUAUGUACCUUUUUUUUUAUGCUCAAUCAAGCGAAAAAAUAUUUAUACUUACGAAGUUAUAUGUAACUAGUAUUACCCAAAGGCCAAAAACACAUAAAAGAAUGUAACUACUACUAUUGUGUGAUAAAAACCAUACUAUUAACUACA